CCAACUGCGAUUCGAACUGCGCGCACGAACAUACGAUAGGUUAGGUGCACUUCCUGUUUGUAACGUUACGUGCCGGCUGAGGAAAUUCGGAGUCUCAUGAAGGUGCUGCUGUGUCAGCCGAGGUAGCUGUUUAGCUUGUCGGACUUUGGUUGGUAUCUGGUCUGGACGUUCUUCCUAUCGCGAUUCCGCUUUGUGCGAGAGCUAACUGGGAGAGGAAUAAGCGAAUCUUCGGCCGUUACCGAUUUAAAGAACGGUCGUUCUCGUCUAAAGAAGCUUCGACGAGAUUAAUAUAUUAACAUUACACAAUUUGUAUAAGCAAGAGAAGCUGAAGGAAAUUGAUUUCAAGUAUCUCGUGACAAACAUAUCCACUCAAGAUGUCUGUAAACAUACGUUGUGCGACUACGGAGGACCUGCUGAACAUACAACACUGUAAUUUGCAAUGCCUGCCUGAAAAUUAUCAGAUGAAGUAUUAUCUCUAUCACGCUCUCUCUUGGCCACAGUUGAGCUACGUAGCGGAGGACGAGAAGGGGAGAAUAGUGGGCUACGUGCUCGCCAAGAUGGAAGAAGAUUGCGAGGAUAAUCCUCAUGGGCACAUUACCAGUCUGGCUGUGAAACGCUCUCAUAGAAGACUGGGGAUCGCGCAAAAGCUGAUGAACCAGGCCUCCAGAGCGAUGGUGGAAUGCUUCGGUGCAAAAUACGUUUCGCUGCACGUGCGCAGGAGUAAUCGUGCAGCUCUCAAUUUGUACACGAGUAGCUUGCAGUUCGAGGUGUCGGAAGUUGAGCCCAAGUAUUACGCGGAUGGCGAAGACGCGUACGCCAUGAAGCGCGAUCUUACCAGUUUCCAUCACGAGAAAGCUCUUAGGGACAGAGCACACAAGGACGGUAACGUUCAUACACAUCUUGGCAGAUGCUGCGGCGAUCAUUCGUAGUCAAUUCAUUGCUAUAUAGCGAAACUGAACCGAUUCUUGCUUCGUGCAAACAUGAGAGUAUAUUUGCGCUACAUAUGUCACUCACGAAAAACCAUGAACAAUGAAAUCGUAUCUGGAUGACGUGGUUGAGACCAUAGACACUUGGGGGUUGUUUCCUGUGAAUGUACUAGAUGCUUCUACGUAUCAAAGUUUAAUCUGGAGAAAUAUCGGGAAAAAUAUUUUAAAUGAUCACACUGUAAAAAUAUUUUCUACUCGACUCUGUGUGAAGACUACUUGUUAAAGUUGUGCGCGAUGAAUUUGGGGUAAUGAAUUUUGGGACUGUUGUAUCCUUCAAUCGAUACUCUAUAUACGUUUCUUCUGAAAUUAUACAUAAUUAAAAACUUAAUCAAUAUGCAUGUAAUAUAUGCAAUAAAGGAAAUUCUGGAAAGGU